AUGCAACUAUUUGUCGACAUAGCCAGAUACAUGUCCCAGUACAUGUCCGGGAAGAGAACCUCCGAAGACGAUGCCAAUCAGGCUCCGGAUGCAAAGAAGAGAAAGGUGCAAGCCGAUGGUCCUGCUGCCCCUCCACCGCCAGCUUCCAACCCGACCGCCGUCCUUAAUCAACAAGACGUCACCAAUGUACUAUACUCGGUACCAGAGACGAGCUUUGCAGUACCACAAAGGAAAAAGAUGACAGUACAAUUGGCCGCAGACCCUCAAAGACUCGAAGAAGGAGCACUUAGGGUCGUACAUGAGGCAUCAGGUGUCAACUUGGCCAUUCCGUUUAGCAAGAUUGAGCAAGUCUUCUGUCUACCCGUGCCCGAGAAAGCGGCGAGGCAAUGGAACUUCGUUAUCUUCGCCAACCAGACUAUUGAUUUCAAAACAGGCGACAGAGCCAUUGAGGCUGAACAGAUAGUGUGGACCAUGCCGGAAACAGCCCCUGCUAACGUCACGGCUGCCGAAGGCUUCAAACCGCUAGAUGUUGAUACCUAUGUGACCAGCACCAUGAGGUCGCUCAACGCCUGCAUGAAAGGUCAUGGCAAGAGUGUUAUCAUCCCCACUGAGCAAGAGUUCGCGAGCGCAAUACCGCAAAGCCAUAGAAAGGGCGAGGCUGCAUACCAUGUCAAAGCUCACAAGGGAAGCAAAGAUGGUUACCUCUUCUUCCUUUCUGCAGGCAUUGUUUGGGCCUUCAAGAAGCCUUUGGCACUUUUCACAUUUGAGAAUAUCGAAGCCAUCUCAUACACAUCUGUCCUACAACGCACAUUCAACAUAGUCAUAACCACUAUGCCAGACCCUGUCACCGGCGAAAAGCAAGACAUCGAGUUCUCUAUGCUGGACCAAGCAGAUUUUGCUGGCAUAGACGAGUAUGUCAAACGUCACAAUCUCAACGAUGCAUCCAUGGCAGCAGAUCGCCGUGCUAAGAAGCUCAACAUCAACCCUAAACCGAAGACAGAGGCCACAGAUGCAAAGAAUGCAGACGCAGCAGGUGCAGAUGACGAUGAUGACGAGAUGACCGAGCUCCAAAAGGCCGAGCAAGCGUUGCAAGAUCAAGAGGACGAGGAAGAAGAGGAUUAUGAUCCUGGCUCCGAAGGCGAGAGCGAAGGUUCCGGAUCCGAUUCUGAAGACGAAGAAGAUGGUGGCGCCGAAGGCGGCGAUGAGGAUGAGGAAGAAGAAGAAGAGCUUCUCGAGGAUGAGGGAGGAGUAGGAGCUCGAUUCGUUCUUCGAGCCUUUUCAUGGGAGGCUUGCAAUCCCCAACAUGAG